AUGAAAUCCGGACUUCCGCACGUGGGAAAGAAUGUUCAAGUGUCUCAACUAUUCAAACGGAGUAACGACUCCGAUCCUGGUUCUAUGCUUCAGCUGAGUUCUGAUGAGGACUUCCACUUCGAGAUUCUUCGGGCUUUAGCUUUGGCACCUUACCAGGGUUCGGAUGUGGGCGAAGUCUUAGUUGCUGCAAAUCACAUCAUCGCGGGAGAUUUUGAAAGCUACUACAAUGCCUUCCAUAGCCUUGCCGAUCGGGUUCAGAACCAAGCGAGCGCCAUUGACUCUAGUCGGUACCCCAUUUCUGCGAGGAACGCAUUUUUCCGUGAAGCGACCUACUACCGCUCAGCCGACUUCUUCCUCCAUGGCAAUUGGAACGACUCCCGGAUCAACAUGCUCUGGACCAAACAGCUCGCGGCUUUCGACAAGGCAAUUGCACUACUGCCAGUCCCUGGCGAGCGCAUCACGCUACAAGGCAAGGGUUUCCAGAUUCCGGCUAUCUUCUUCGGCAGCGGCCAGCCAGGCCCCCGUCCGACGAUUCUCAUGUGCAGCGGCUACGACGGCUCGCAGGAGGAAAUGUACCACGUGAUCGGCGAGGCAGCCCUCCAGCGCGGCAUCAACGUGAUCACGUUCGAGGGCCCCGGACAACCUACCGUGCGUCGCCAGCAGAAUAUUGGCUUCAUCCCGGAGUGGGAGGAUGUCGUGUCGCCCAUAGUUGACUACGCGAUUUCGCGCAGCGACAUCGACAGCAAGAAGAUCGGUCUCUUGGGCCUUUCUUUCGGCGGCUACUUAGCCCCCCGUGCCGCAGCCUUCGAGCACCGUCUCGCCGCCGUCAUCGCCUUUGACGGUCUGUACUCCUUUGGGCAGGUUAUCUUCGACGAGUUCGGGCCCGAGAUGGAAGCGCUGUUCCGCGCGGGUAAUUCAAGCGCCUUCGACGCUAAUAUCUUCGCAUUGUUGGCGCAGCCGAAUGGCGUGCCGACGUCCGUGCGCUGGGGCAUCGAGCAGGGCCUCUGGGCAUUCAAGGAGACGAGCCCGUUCGCGUGGGCGACCAAGGUUGAUAAGUACAGGCUAGAUGGGGUUGUACAGAAUAUUACUACGCCCGUGUUUGUCGCCGAGGCGCAGAACGAUAUGUUCUUCAAGGGGCAGGCGAAGCUACUUGCGGACAAGCUGGGAGAUCUCGCUACGUACCAUAUGUUUGAGUCGGUGGAUGGGGCCGGGGAGCAUUGCUCGUUAGGCGCGGCUGUGUUCAGUGGGCAGGUGAUUCUUGAUUGGUUCCAAGAUAUUGUUUCGUCUUCUUGA